UGAAACUAAUAUAUGCGAUAGACUCAUUACAUGCAAAGCAAGAUAGUUCAUGCCUUGAUUUUUCAUAAUUUUGAUGAUUAUGGUUCAUGAAAACCUCAAAUUCACAAUCUCAGAAAAUUAGAAUAUUGUGAAAAAGUUCAAUAUUCUAGGCUCAAAGUGUCCCACUCUAAUCAGCUAAUUAAGCCAUAACACCUGCAAAGGGUUCCUGAGCCUUUAAAUGGUCUCCCAGUCUGGUUCAAUAGGAAUCACAAUCAUGGGAAAGACUGCUGACCUGACAGUUGUACAGAAAACCAUCAAUGACACCCUCCAUAAGGAGGGAACGCCGCAAAAGGUAAUUGCAAAAGAAGAUGGAUGUUCCCCAAGUGCUGUAUCAAAGCACAUUAAUAGAAAGUUAUGUGGAAGGGAAAAGUAUUGAAGAAAAAGGUGCACAAGCAGCAAGGAUGACCGCAGCCUGGAGAGGAUUGUCAGGAAAAGGCCAUUCAAAAGUGUUGGGGACUUUCACAAGAAGUGGACUGAGGCUGGAGUCAGUGCAACAAGAGCCACCACACACAGAUGGAUCCUGGACAUGGGCUUCAAAUGUCGUAUUCCUCUUGUCAAGCCGCUCCUGAACAACAAACGAUGUCAGAAGCGUCUUACCUGGGCUAAAGAAAAAAAGAACUGGUCUGUUGCUCAGUGGUCCAAAGUCCUCUUUUCUGAUGAGAGCAACUUUUGCAACUCAUUUGGAAACCAAGGACCCAGAGUCUGGAGGAAGAAUGGAGGCACACAGUGCAAGAUGCUUGAAGUCCAGUGUGAAGUUUCUAGUCUGUGUUGAUUUGGGGAGCCAUGUCAUCUGCUGGUGUUGGUCCACUGUGCUUCAUUAAUGUGCUAUUAGAAUUGGACUAUUGCUGAUUGUUGAACAUGUGGCUCUCAAAGCUACUUCAAGAAUUGUUAUUUUAAAUUUGAAAAAUGUAAUUACUGUCAAUCAGACCCUUUGGCAAAAUAAUGUAAAUGCUACAAUGAGCCUCAAUGAACUAGGAGCCAUGGUGGCGCAGUGGUUAGAAUGCAAUAUUGCACACAAACUCUGCCUACAGUCUGGAGUUUGAUCCUGAUGGACUUGAGGUUGACUCACCUUCCAAGGUCAGAAAAAAGGGAACCCAGAUUGUUGGGUGCAAUAUACUGACUUUGUAUAUCGUCCAGAGACUGCUGUAAAGCACUAUGGAGUGGUACAUAAAUCUAUUGCUAAGUGCUAAUGAACUUUGAUUCUCAUACCCCAAUUUGUCUUCUUUUUCUACUAGCACAACGGAGAGGAAUUUGGAAACUGCUUGUUUUUCUUGAACCAAAACUUGUUAACUAUUUUUUUCUAUUCUUUUUAUCUAUAGUUUGUUGAAAGCAAAUUCACCUUUAGAGCUAUACCCUGAAGCAUAAAACUAUGUCCCAGUAAUGUGCCACCCGGUGCCAGCAUCCAUUAACACAUCCCUUGACACCUCAUCAUUUAACUUCCUUUUAAAUUAAAACUAAAAUAAAAAGCUCACUUGCUGCACCUAACCAGGCUUAACCUAAUCUUUAUUUUCAAUGUUUCCAGCCCCUAAAAAUGAAUCCUUCUUGAAUAAACAACAACAAAUGUUUGGAAGCUAAAACUUAGAAGUGAGCUGUAAGGUAAAUCAUUGGAUUUUUAGAAGAGCAGCAAUUCCAAGAUUAUAUGCUUAGCAUGGACUCAAAAGGCCAUAUCUUGCUGGGGAAUCCCAAAAGUUUACACGUCUUAUUCAAUAAUAGAGUUUUAAUAAGAAUUCUGAACUGACAUAAAUAGGGCUAAAUAUACUCCACAAGAUGGAGAAUAAACACAGAUAUUAAUGAAAAUUCAGUUUCCUGGAAUUUUCAGUAACUCUUUCCUACCCUCAAUCACCCAGAAAUUUAGUUAAUCGUUAUAUUUCAAUUAAGUGCUGAAAUUUUGGAAGCUAAAGGUUUGGCUGGUAAAGGAUCUUAAUACCUAGGAGAGCUCCUUGCUAUUACUAGCUUAACUAAAACAAGCGGAAAUACAGAAUACAGCGACUGUUAAAACAUUCCCCCAAAUAAAAAGAUUUAUGCAGGGUUGUUCAGUUUGGUUAAUCUGUAACAACUUCAAAACCAAAUCAUUUUGGGUGCAUUAAUUUUUAGAAGUUGAUUAUAUAUGCAAUUUUUUUCCUCUGAAGCUUCAAAAUAGAAUAAAAAGGAACUGGACAAUUAUCCUUAUCAAUAUCCAGGAAAGAAUUCACCAGGCAGCUUUAUGGUAACUUCUCUGCCUGUCUCUUACCAGCCCUUUCUUCAUAAUUUGGAAAUAAUACUUGUCAAUUUUGCAAGGAUGAAGUAAAGAUGAUGUAGAAUUAUCAUGGCCUGGUAAGACAUAGUUUCUCAAGUGUAACGUACUGAACAAACAACUGGCUGGAUGGCAGGAUGGCACAUAUCAAAUCAUAAAACACGGUGUAUAAAUAAUCAUGGCCAUGCUUGCUGUGCCAAAAAUAAAGGAAAUUUAGCUUAAUGUAAUUGGGGUGGACUUGCAACAGCUUGUCUUCAGAAAUUGUGGGUGCUCCACCACUGGAGAUUUUAAAGAAGAGACUGGACAACCACUUGUCUGAAAUUGCAUAGGGUCUCCUGCUUGAGCAGGGGUUAGGCUACAAGAUGUCCAAGGUCCUUUCAAACUCUGUUCUUCCAUUGUUAUAUAGUCCAAAAAAGGCACUCAGAACCGCUCUUUGGCUAUGAUCAUCUGAUCAUUCAAUCUCUCUGAGUGCUCUGAAACUAGCACUGAUGUUGUUACCUCCUGUGGGUAAUGAAACGUUUGCAAGAAAACAGCCAAGCUCAGAGAGCACCAAGGACCCUCCCCUUCCCGAAAUUAUUGAUUCUUUGCCAUCAAAUCCUUAUUGACUCCUAGCGAUCACAUAGAUAAACCUGCUAAGAACUGCUAUAUAUGUGCCAUUUACAGCCCUAUUUCUCUUGCAGUGAAAAGUGGGGGUGAAGAGUGUAGUGCAAACUACAUCAUAAGGUUCCCCCUCAAGCUUUUAUCUCUUAAAGAAGGAUUUUAAUGACAUUCUUGUCCUCCACCUUGAAUUCAAAGUUUUUCCAUAGGAAGAGAGCAUAGUCCUGCAUCCAUCCAUUGCCCUCCGACUCCACUCAUCCACACGGGGAAAAGAUGAGGAAAAAGGGAAACCGCUGGAAAAGCCCUCGGACAGUGGGCGCUCUUCUCUAGUUUCCGCACGCAUUUCCCCGCCGACUGACUCUCUUGCCCAAGCUCUCCUUCUUUCUUUCCGCUCCUUCCUUCUCGGCUUCCCUGCAAGGUUAACCCGGCGCCGUCAUCCGAGGCUGAAGUAGCGGCACCCGCCAUGGAAUCGAUCGAGGAACUGGCUCUCGGACCUUGCGUCGCCUCCCAAUAUUUGCGGCCUUUUCGCCUCCGAUACCGCCAGAAUGGUAUUUCAAAACUUUGGGAUUUCAUGAGGACACAUGACAGUGUGUCCAUUGUCAUCUUCAAUAUUUCUCGGCAAUGCUUUGUUGUGGUGAAGCAGUUCCGUCCAGCUGUCUAUAUGUGCGAAAUGGAACAACAACGUCCUCAGUACUUUGAGAAUAAAACUGAAGAGAGCUGGUGCCCUCUGUCUGAUUUUUUGCCUGCUUCAAAAGGAAUAACUUACGAACUCUGUGCUGGUAUUGUAGACCAGCCAGAGCUCUCCUUGGAAGAAAUUGCUUGCAAGGAAGUUUUAGAAGAAUGUGGCUAUGAAGUUCCUGUAACCAGCCUAAAAAGAAUCACUUCAUACAGAUCUGGAGUUGGUGUGACAGGAUCAAAGCAGACAUUAUUUUAUGCGCAGGUAACUGACGACAUGAAAUCUAGUGAAGGAGGCGGCCAGCCGGAGGAAGGUGAACUGAUUGAAGUUGUGGAAAUACCUCUGCAAGAUUCCAUGAAAUUUGCAUUUGAUGAGACUUUCCCUAAAACUAUGGGACUUAUCUUCAGUUUCAUGUGGUUCCAGUCCAACAUAGCACCAAAACUGCUAGAAAAAUAAUGCACUGGAGAAAUGAAGCAGAAACAUGGGACCAUAUUGGAAGCAAUCUUUCGGGACUGUCUAGUUCUUAAGUUUGCUGUAGUAAAGGUUCAUAAAAUUCAUAUGUUAACAGUGGCAGAUCAUUAACUCAAGUUUAAAUAUGUUUUUCAUCCCAUAUUUUAUCUUCCAUAGAAAGAAUUUGAGGAAAAGACAUUUGCAAUACAUGAAAGUUGCCCAGUCAGAAACACAACUUUCUGACAAGAAUUACAAGAGGCAAACACAAAUGGAUAAUUUAUCGUGAGAUAAAAGAAUUUUGUCAAGGAAAAUGUAAAAUCAAGAGAAUAAUUGGCAAAGGAUUACAUUUGUUAGUGGUUACUUUAUUUUCAAUUAUUAAAAAGAUUUAAAGUAGACAAAAGAACGUGUGGUUCUAACCAUUGUAAGACUGAGUUUGAAACAGAAUUGUCUACAAUGAUGACCAGGCAAAUGCUAAAAUGUAUAAUAGAAUUUCUGUAGCUCCAGGUUGACCUAUGGAAUUCUUGGUGCUCUCUGACCUUGGUGGUUUGCUUGCAGAUGUUUUAUUACCCAAGUAGGUAACAUCAACAGUGUUUGUGAAUGUGGGGUUUGCUCUGUUAAUAUACAGUAGCUUACUCUGCCAACGUACAUAUAAAAUGUAUAAACUUUUACUGAAAUUUGAAAAAAGAAAAACUUGAAAAAAUGUAUGAGUGAACUAAAAUUUAUGGAAAGUGUUGGCAUUAUCCGCAAUGGAAGAAUAUUUGUAAAGUUGAUGGAACUUGCUGAGAUGGCUAAAUUGACGUUUUCAUCAGAGAAAAGGUAAUGUCUAUAUUUAUUGCCCAUUGGAAACCCUUUAUGGACUUUUUGCAUGAAACAGAGCUGCAGCGCACCAAGAAGCCCCUGAGCUGCAGCAUAUUUUUUUCCUGACUUUCCUGCACUUGUGCUGAACUAUAGCAUCCCCCUAACUCAUGUGAUCUACACUGGGCCUCCCAGGGUCUGCCCACCCUUCUGUGGCAUGCCAACUUCCUUAGCCUAAUUAACAACACACACACACUCCAGACUUACAACAGUAAACAGGAUUGCCGGGAUUACAGUCGCCAAGCAAUACAGUCACAUGACAUUUUGCUUGAUGGUCAUGUUGCUUAGCAAUAGAAAUUCUGAUCUCAAUUGUGGUCACAACUCGAGGACUACCCGUAUAUAAACAAGAGAUUAUGCUGUAACCAUAAAAUAAUUGGUAAAUUUAUGUUUAUAAAGAGGAUUGGAAGCUG